UAGUAGGUUAAGCAUCCGACUCUUGAUUUCGGCUCUGGGUCAUGAUGUUGGGGUUGUGGAAUCAAGCACCAUGUCGGGCUCUGCACUAUGCAUGAUGCUGCUUGGGAUUCUCUCUAUUCCUCUGCGCCUCCAGUCACACCAGUCUCCCUGACUCCCUCCCCGUCUCUAAAAAAAAAGGCGGGGGGUUUUCUCUCUUUUGAUUAAUGAAAUCAGGGGCCAGAGCAUCUUGGCAUAAAGUUCUUCAUCUUUUCUCUUGUUCACUUCCUCUUCUGUGUCCCAUUGCCCAGUGGGUCUAUUGAGACUUGGUUGCGGGACGAACAUGACCCGAAGCUUAAGCAAAAGUGGUCAUAUACUUGGCUCUUGUUUAGGAAAAGUCUGUGGAAGGGGCUGUCAGGCACAGUUGGAUUGAGGACUUUAAGUGUUACUGAACAGGAGUCUUUCCCUCCCUCUGCUUUCUCCAUGUAGUAGCGGGUCCAGAGUCCUUUUCAGCAUCAGUAUCAGCCUUGUUUGGGGCACACAUCCAGUUCCACCAGUCUGUUUCUGUAGAGGUAGAGUACUCUGAUUGGUGGACCUGAGUCAUAUAUGCUCUGCGCUAAUGGAGGAAGAGCCUGCACAUCAUUUGCACCAGGGGUGGCUCCAAGAGGCAGUUUGGCAGGAAAAACAGCCGUUGUCUUUACUCCAGUGCCCACGUGCUUGCUGUGUGCUCUAGGUAGGUCCUGUCCCUUAGACAUGCACUGUUGAAGGGAAGAACCGUGUCCUGUUCAUCUCUCUAUUCCCAGCACAUUGACAAAAUAUAGGUUCUUCAGAAAUGGUAAACAGGUGAACAGUGGUUCCAUUCUAUUAAAUUGAAUAUUCUCCCCUUUUUUGCCAUGAGCUGAAAGGUUUAUGGUUUGACUGAAGGAGCUCUCCUUGGUAUUGAGGUAAUGGUGCUGACCUGGUGAAAAUGGCCAUUCUGACAGCCAAGGAGGCUCAAGAGAAAGGAGUAGCCACCUGGGGAGAGAAAGUAAGCCCAUCUCUAGACAGUUUUUGACAUUAUUAUAAGGUGUCUUCCUCCCUAAGAGUAAUUAUUGUAAAUAUUUUGUUUCUAGCUCUCUUUCUAUUCAAAAGUGAGGAAUCAGCCCUUAAUCCCAGACAGUUGAUUUCCUGUUUACUCUCUUCCUGCUCUCAGUCACUUAUGGUAUGGGCCCCUUGUCCAGGUUUCUACAUCAGAGGGCUUUUGAGGGGUAAAGAGGAGGCCAGGAGUAAUUCUUGUAUAAGUUUUAAAGUGUGAAUCAAAUAGAUAACAUAGAUGAAACCUGAAGCCAGCUGUUGAUUUGAAGUUGUUUCUUAAAAAAAAAGAAAGUGAAGAAAAGCUUUUAUUUGAUAGAGAAAGAGAGAACACAAGUAGGGGGAACAGGAGAGGGAGGCAGAUGCUUAACCAACAGAGCCACCAAGGCACCCCUUGAAGUUCUUUCUUAACAGCAAGCAGCAGGCUGGGGAAAACAACAACAAAGUAGGAUCCUUGAGUUCUUUAUCUAGUCAUCCAUAAUAAUCCUAACAUUCACAGAGUUUGUUGGAGAUGUUCUUUCAAGGAAUCUUUGGCUUGUUGCAGAAAAACUUGACAUAACAGUGGCCACUUCCAGAAGGGGAGCUCCAUGGCUGGGGGAUAGGAGUAGGAGGGAUCCUUCUUUGCUUAUGUUCUUAUACUGUGUGCCUAUUUUAUAAAGAAUGUUUUACUUAAAAACCAAGAGUCUUUGUAAAUGUUUUUGAUGAUGCUAACACAUAUGAGUGAAUAUGUUAUUCUAGCUCCAGGUGGACAAACUCUUGUUAAGUGGCCUUCGUAAGCUCUGGGGAAGAGGGCAGAUAGAAUUCCCCAGAUCCCCUAACAUUGCCAGUAAUCUUAACUCAAAGUAUUGUACAUCUUUCAGUGUAAACUUUAACUUAGGUUCCUCCUAGUUGCUAAUCAUAAAAAAAAAAAGAACCAUUUUUGUACAACAUUUUCUGGUAAGCAAUGUUCACUAUUUACAUGCCUGUUUAAUUCAGCCUAAGUAAACUUGAGAUUUACUCCAUGGCUGAAAUACCACAUUUUAUAAAUUACAAGUUUCUUGUAACUAAGCUCCUUUAUGAGCAUACUCACAUUUUCAGAACUGUAGAUGUAUAAAUUGGAUACCUACCAUGCAGUGAGGUGCUUCAGUUGGAGGUCUUAAAACAACUUGGCUAGCUGUGGGUGGUGGGCACUUAGAAUGCCUGAUGUGUUGUCCGUAGGAGAAUGAGUUUUCCUUUAUCCUCAGCUGCAGUUUACCUCCCAGGGUGUUUUCUGUAUAGACUGGUGGCUUCAGUGGUGGCGACAUUUCCAAAUCAUUGUGUAUUUGUUUUUGCUGAGAUGUUGAGCUGUGUAUAACCAGGAGGUGGAGAAAACCAGUAAUGGCUGCCUUUUGGGCUCAUCUCUCCUCUGAAGUGAGGCAGGACUGACUUGGGAAGUUCCGAAAGAACUGCUGGAUUUGGGCCCACAGAGAGUUUAUGAAAUGAAUAGAGAAACAAGAUGUCUCUUCUCAGACUUGGGCGUUUGUGGGCAUCUGUUUUGAUGCCUGGUCUCUUCAGAAUUAGCCUGUACCCCUUUCUGUAUUUCUGAAACAUUGCUGUCAGGUGGCUCUCUUUGAAUGACCUGGUUGUGGGAAUAGUUUUAUUAAGCAAGUAAUAUAAAACUUUCAAAAAGAUGGUUUAAAACAAUUCAGCAAUAAAAUUUCCACAAGGAAUAAUGGAUUUGGCUUUGAAUGCACAUUAAUUUGUAACCAGAGUGACUUCUGAGUCCGCUAUGAAGUCAUAUGCAGAUUGUUGGAUGGCAGGGAGUGUGGAGGACACAUAGUCGUGCUUCUUAGCUGCUGAGGAUGGGAAGGCUGGUCAGUGUUUUUUAGUGAAAUGCAUUUCUUUUUUGGCCUCAAUUAUACUUUGUACUUCAUGUAGAAUAUUUUGAAACUUCUAAGGUCUGAUGACAUACCCAAAUUCAGAAUUUGUAGGAGUUGUUUUGGUAGGCUUCACCUUUUCCAUUUUUCAGAGUUAAUAUUGAUUUUUGGAUUAGAACAAUAAAUGAGGUAACAUACUGUAUUACAUUUGGAUUAGUUGAUUAUGGUUGUAUUUAACAAAUGGUAGUGGUAUUAUAGAGUAACAGCCUUUAUUAAUUAGAACACCAAAUUUGCGUGUAUUAAAAUUUAAUUCCUGUUGCUUUGGUUUUUGGGUUUGCCUCUGGUUUUGGUUUUUGGAACUAUUUUAUAUUCUACAAAAUUUAUUUGGAUUACUACAUUGAUGAUAAAUUUUUACCGUAUUUUAUAGGAAACAUUUAUGGUCACUUGGAAGCCAUACAAAUACUAAUUUUAUUUUAACUUUUGUUUUUUAAGGAAUUUGGGGAAGUGGAUCUAAAUUUGUGCUUUAAUGUAUUAGGUCAUUUAAAUAAUUUUUCAGUUCCUUCACACUUACAAUAAGCUUUUCAUUUUUCAAGAGGAUCCCCUAAAGUCUGUAACACAGUUAUCAUCUGCCCUGAUGCUGAGUGCCUUUGUCCAGGUGUGGUGCUGGCUGGGGGACGAGGUACACAACCAGUAGUGUCUUUAGUUUGGAUAGUAUUUGGAAACACCGAAGGAUAUUUCUUUAAGAUUAUCAUAGCAAUGUGCAGGACAGUUCCCAGAAAACAAAAACUUCUUUUCCCUGGCACUCGAAAUUAUGUGAUAAUGAUGCUGAAAUGGUGAACAUUUCUCUAUUUUCAGAGGCUCAACAUCACAAGGAGAAAAGCACUCACACUCGAUUUUAAGAUAAUCGAAACUAUGUUCCAACUUCCUGUCAACAAUCUUGGCAGUUUAAGAAAAGCCCGGAAAACUGUGAAAAAAAUACUUAGUGACAUUGGGUUGGAAUACUGUAAAGAACACAUAGAAGAUUUUAAACAGUUUGAACCUAAUGACUUUUAUUUGAAAAACACUACAUGGGAAGAUGUAGGACUAUGGGACCCUUCGCUUACAAAAAAUCAGGACUACCGGACGAAACCUUUUUGCUGCAGUGCUUGUCCAUUUUCGUCAAAAUUCUUCUCUGCCUACAAAAGUCAUUUCCGGAAUGUCCAUAGUGAAGACUUUGAAAAUAGGAUUCUCCUUAAUUGCCCCUACUGUACCUUCAAUGCAGACAAAAAGACUUUGGAAACACACAUUAAAAUAUUUCAUGCUCCAAACGCCAGCGCACCAAGUAGCAGCCUCAGCACUUUCAAAGAUAAAAGCAAAAAUGAUGGCCUUAAGCCUAAGCAGGCUGACAGUGUAGAACAAGCUGUUUAUUACUGUAAGAAGUGCACUUACCGAGAUCCUCUUUACGAAAUCGUUAGGAAGCACAUUUACAGGGAACAUUUUCAGCACGUGGCAGCGCCUUACAUAGCAAAGGCAGGUGAGAAGUCACUCAAUGGUGCAGUCCCUUUAGGUUCAAAUGCCCGGGAAGAAAGUAGUAUUCACUGCAAGAGAUGCCUUUUCAUGCCAAAGUCCUACGAAGCUUUGGUACAACACGUCAUCGAAGACCAUGAACGCAUAGGCUAUCAGGUUACUGCCAUGAUUGGGCACACAAAUGUGGUGGUUCCCCGAUCCAAACCCUUGAUGCUUAUUGCUCCCAAACCUCAAGAGAAGAAGGGCAUGGGACUCCAAUCAAGAAUUGGUUCCCUUGCUUCUGGAAAUGUCCGGUCUUUGCCAUCACAGCAGAUGGUAAAUCGACUCUCAAUACCAAAGCCUAACUUAAACUCUACAGGCGUCAACAUGAUGUCCAAUGUUCACCUACAGCAGAAUAACUAUGGAGUCAAAUCUGUAGGCCAGGGCUAUGGCGUUGGUCAGUCAAUGAGACUGGGUCUAGGUGGCAAUGCACCAGUUUCCAUCCCUCAGCAGUCUCAGUCUGUGAAGCAGUUACUUCCAAGUGGAAAUGGAAGAUCUUACGGGCUUGGGUCAGAGCAGAGGUCCCAGGCACCAGCAAGAUACUCCCUGCAGUCUGCUAAUGCCUCUUCUCUCUCAUCAGGCCAGUUAAAGUCUCCCUCCCUCUCCCAGUCACAGGCAUCCAGAGUAUUAGGUCAGUCCAGUUCCAAACCUACUGCAGCUGCCACGGGCCCUCCCCCAGCCAAUACUUCCUCAACUCAAAAGUGGAAAAUAUGUACAAUCUGUAAUGAGCUUUUUCCUGAAAAUGUGUAUAGUGUGCACUUCGAAAAAGAACAUAAAGCUGAGAAAGUCCCAGCAGUAGCCAACUACAUUAUGAAAAUACACAAUUUUACUAGCAAAUGCCUGUACUGUAAUCGCUAUUUGCCCACAGAUACCCUGCUCAACCAUAUGUUAAUUCAUGGUCUGUCUUGUCCAUAUUGCCGUUCAACUUUCAAUGAUGUGGAAAAGAUGGCGGCACACAUGCGGAUGGUUCACAUUGAUGAAGAGAUGGGACCUAAAACAGAUUCUACUUUGAGUUUUGAUUUGACAUUGCAGCAGGGUAGUCACACUAAUAUCCAUCUCCUCGUAACCACGUACAACCUGAGGGAUGCCCCAGCUGAAUCCGUUGCUUACCAUGCCCAAAAUAACCCUCCGGUCCCUCCAAAGCCACAGCCAAAAGUUCAGGAAAAGGCAGAUAUCCCUGUUAAAAGUUCACCUCAAGCUGCGGUGCCCUAUAAAAAAGAUGUUGGGAAAACCCUUUGCCCGCUUUGCUUUUCAAUCCUGAAAGGACCCAUAUCUGAUGCACUUGCACAUCACCUACGAGAGAGGCACCAAGUUAUUCAGACGGUUCAUCCCGUGGAAAAAAAGCUCACCUACAAAUGCAUCCAUUGCCUUGGUGUGUAUACCAGCAACAUGACCGCCUCGACUAUCACUCUGCAUCUAGUUCACUGCAGGGGUGUUGGAAAGACCCAGAAUGGCCAAGAUAAGACAAAUGCACCCUCUCGGCUUAAUCAGUCACCGGGCCUGGCACCUGUCAAGCGCACUUAUGAGCAAGUGGAAUUUCCCUUGCUGAAAAAGCGAAAGUUAGACGAUGAUAGUGAUUCGCCCAGCUUCUUUGAAGAGAAGCCUGAGGAGCCUGUUGUUUUAGCUUUAGACCCCAAGGGUCAUGAAGAUGAUUCCUAUGAAGCCAGGAAAAGCUUCCUAACGAAGUAUUUCAACAAACAGCCCUAUCCCACCAGGAGAGAAAUUGAGAAGCUGGCCGCCAGUUUGUGGUUGUGGAAGAGUGACAUUGCUUCUCAUUUUAGUAACAAGAGGAAGAAGUGUGUCCGAGACUGUGAAAAGUACAAGCCUGGUGUGUUACUGGGCUUCAACAUGAAAGAACUAAACAAAGUGAAGCACGAGAUGGAUUUUGAUGCUGAGUGGCUGUUUGAGAAUCAUGACGAGAAGGAUUCCAGAGUCAAUGCUAGUAAAACUGCCGACAAAAAGCUCAGCCUUGGGAAGGAAGAGGACAGCUCCUCAGACAGUUUUGGAAAUUUGGAGGAAGAAUCCAAUGGAAGUGGUAGCCCUUUUGACCCUGUGUUUGAAGUUGAGCCUAAAAUCCCUAACGAUAACCCAGAGGAACACAUACCGAAGGUCAUUUCUGAGGAGGCUUUAGAAUCUGAGGAGAAGCUAGACCAAAAAGAGGAGGAUGGUUCAAAAUAUGAAACUAUUCAUUUGACUGAGGAACCAACCAAACUAAUGCAUGAUGCUUCUGACAGUGAGGUUGACCAAGAUGAUGUUGUUGAGUGGAAAGAUGGUGCUUCUCCAUCUGAGAGUGGCCCUGGUUCCCAGCAAGUGUCAGACUUUGAGGACAACACAUGUGAAAUGAAAGCAGGAACCUGGUCCGAUGAGUCUUCCCAGAGUGAAGAUGCAAGAAGCAGUAAGCCAGCUGCCAAAAAAAAGGCUCCCACGCAAGGUGACAGAGAGCAGUUGAAAUGGAAGAAUAGUUCCUAUGGAAAAGUUGAAGGGUUUUGGUCCAAGGACCAGUCACAGUGGAAGAACGCAUCUGAAAGUGAUGAGCGCUUAUCUAACCCACAGAUUGAGUGGCAGAAUAGCACAAUUGACAGUGAGGACGGGGAGCAGUUUGACAACAUAACCGAUGGGGUCGCCGAGCCAAUGCAUGGCAGCCUAACCGGAGUGAAGCUGAGCAGCCAGCAGGCUUAAGUGCCAGGUUCUCUGGCAUCAGGGACGUGCUGCAGCCUGGAACUCUGCUCUCCUUUCGGUAGGACUGCAGAGCUGUAUUCUAACUGGUACUGCCUUUUGAGUGCUGGGUCAUCGGGCUGUGGGGAUACGCGGCCACUGCUAAUCCCGGUGGUUAUUUCUAAGUCUAUGACACACGAUUGGCUGAUCUUGCUUCGGAACUUGCUGUGACAGACACAGUAAAUAAAUGUGAAAAACCAAUAAGCUGGUGGCUCACGAACGCACAUGCGGAAAAGCAGAGGUUUAUUUUACCUGCCUUCUCAACAGUUCUUUCCCUCUGUAACAUGUUCGGAUGUUCUUGGGAAGUGUCACUCUGAUCCACACGGUAGUGUAGGGCCAACAUACAAGCUACCAGUCCAAUGUGUAUAGUAGACUUUGGGGGAAAUCAAUUUUUUUUCAUGUAUUCAUUCUGAAUAGUUGAAAUGUAUAUUUGUACAGUCUUUUAGACCUAUUCAAGUGAUGCCUAUGAUAUUGUUAUUGUGUACCCAUCCUAGAUUUGUUUCUUUUUUUAGUGUUGCCCUUGCUGUGUAAUAAAUGCUCUAUCUAGUUUACCUAGCAAAAGCUUGAAACCGCGCUAGUAUGGACUUUUGGACAGACUUAGUUUUUGCACAUAACCUUGUACAAUCUUGCAACAGAGGCCAGCCACAUAAGAUAUAUAUCUGGACUCUCUUGUAUUAUAGAAUUUUUCUUGUUCUGAAUAUCCUUGACAUUACAGCUGACAGAAACAAAAACUGGUAUUUCAGAUCUGUUUUCUGAAAUCUUUUAAGCUAAAAAUCACAUGCAAGAAUUGACUUUGCAGCUACUAAUUUUGACACCUUUUAGAUCUGUAUGAAAGUGUGUUGUGUUGAAGCAGCAAACCAAGAAGUGCUGCAUUUUGGAUAUUUAGUUUUAUCUUUAGUUAAGCACCACCCGGUGUAUUCAUUUAUACCAUCUAAUAUAUGACACACUGUUGUAGUAUGUAUAAUUUUGUGAUCUUUAUUUCCCUUUGUAUUCAUUUUAAGCAUCUAAAUAAAUUGCUGUAUUGUGCUUAAUGUAAAUAUUUGCUUUAUUACACAUUAUAGUCUUGUGUGUCCAUUAGGUUUUGUGCCAGCUGAUGUCAUGGCUCACUUUCAUCAGAGGCGGAAGCCACGGCCACUGAGGAAACUUACAGAAGACCAAGAUGUGCCGCUGGCAUUAAGAAUGUUUUCUCUCAAGGCACCUGUUACAAAUUCUUUCUUUUGGUUUUGUUUUGUCUUUUUCCUUUUUAACUGCAAAAAUAAACAGCCUUGAGUUCUUCAGUUCCCCUUUUGUUAAGGAGCAGAGCCUGCUUAUAUAUGUCAAUGUCUCACUGAUGAAAGGAUGUCAACAAAUUGGCAUUAAUUUGCAAGCAGAACAUCAAUGUCCUGGCGUUCUUUCUUCUAAAAGGAAGUGAAUGUUAGUUUUCACCUUAUAAUGGGAACAAUUGUACUAAACAGGCAACUACUCUCUGCUUUUGUUGUAAUUCUCUUGACCAUCUUGCUAUUAAAAAGGCUUUGGAGAUCACACACUUGAAGGGCUGUUUAAGAUGGAAGGAGCUAGUAUAUUUACUACACAGAUUCCCAAGAGCAGCUUGGACUAAAGAAUGGAAGAGUACAAGGAGGCAGUCUUAGGCCACCGUUUUUAGUUUUAUUACAACAAUGAUGGAAAGCUCUAAUCCAUGCAGAGGGCAGAAGCUCAGCAAGCACCUCUCGGGGACAUUGGUCUAAAGAGGUCUUAAGUGGCUGGCUUCCAUAAUUUCUAAGACUCCUUCCAAAAGACAGCUGUAACAAAAGCAUUAACAAGACCAAAGAAAAUUGACCAACCUCCUUCUAAAAUGUUAACGUCCUGCUUCUCAAAAACUACAGGAGAAAGUGCAAGAAUAGACCAGGACCUUUAGGGCAUUUGGGGCUGGCAUGGAGUCAUUUUAAGUCUGUUCUACAAGGAGAUUAUAAAUUCUGUAGACACCAGCUAAUAAUACUUGGGACAGGAUGUCCCCAAAUUAACAUGCCACGGAUUAUCAAAUCAGAAGAACUGGCAUUGAGAAAGCUUUUCUCUUACUUAAGGAUAGUCAUAGCAGCUGAAUUGAAGCCCUCUCACCCUUGGUUUGAAAUUAGUCUGCCUAAUAAAUUACUAGGUGGGAAGGACGGAGCCUGGGCUUCUGAGGCCUACGUGGCGUUCUGAGGAGACUUGAAUAGUGGAGGGGGACGUACGUUCCUGGUUGAACAUUUGAGCAGAGACAGACGAGUGUGCUUCCUUAUUAAGGUGGUGGGAAUGGGCACUGUUGGCAUUCGGAAAAGAAUUAGCCACCUAAGAAUUGGAAAUGAAGAACCCCAACCAGUGAUGUUGCAGAAGCCCUAAAAGUGUCUCAAUAAAAGCCAUUUUAAAAGAA